CCCCAGGGCAGAUAGAUCCUGCUACAGCUCCACCAUGAAAUGCUUCGCCAUCCUGCUGCUGGUCAGCUUAGCUUCCACCUCUCUCGCCAUCCCUAAUGAGCAAGAAGAUGAAAUCCACUUGGAGCCUCAGCCCACACAUGCCUAUAAGUCUCAUGUUGGCCACCUUCAGAUCCUAGCUACUCAGCUGAUUCCUGAAAAGGACCAUGUCUCCAUUGAAAACUCUUCUGAGGAAACUCCCAUCUCCAGCGAAGAGCUGGGUUUUGAAGAGGAAGAUGUGAUCAAAUCUACCAGGAGACCAAAGAGUCAAAAGCUCGAGCUGCUUCACCCCAUCCCCCAGGAGGCCAGUUUCAGAAACACUACCCCUCAGUCAGAAGAAACUACGGAAUUCACUCCGAGGACUGCAACCACCCCAGAGGGAACACUGGCCGAGCUCGGCCAUAAAAUCGGGAAGAAUCUGGACAAGAUCAUGAAAGAGACCAUGAACUAUCUGAAAAGCCUACUCCCUCAUGCCUAUGAAGUCACGAGGCCCUAGUGACAAGGAGGCCCAAUCCCAGGCUGGGCCAAAGCCGGUGUCCACAGCACCCACAUUCUGCUCGCCCCGACCGCCAGCUCUCAGCCCCUCACAUUCCUUAUUAAAG